CUCGGGGCCGUAAAGCAAGCUGGGCUGGAUACUGGGGUUCCGAAGCGGGGACAUUGAUCACGUGCGAACUGACAUUGGCUCCGCUAAUCCGCUUCCGGUCUAAUGAUGUCGGCGGGCGCGUCCAACGCGUUCCGCCGCCGCGACGGAGCUUCAUGUCUAGAUGUUGCUAUCAAAAACCUCAUUCCGUAUUCUCUUUCACCAAAAAUACUACAGAAUACUCAAAAUGGGUAUUAAACACCUCUAUCAAGUGAUCGCUGAAAAUGCGCCCGAUGCCAUCAAGGCAGGGGAUAUCAAAAACCACUUUGGCCGAAAGGUCGCUAUAAUCCAUGAGCAUCUACUCCUUCCUCAUCGCCGUUCGUUCCGAGGGACAACAGCUCAUGAGUGAUACCGGCGAGACCACGUCACACCUGAUGGGCAUGUUCUAUCGCACACUACGCAUGGUCGACAACGGAAUCAAACCCCUAUACGUCUUCGACGGGGCCCCGCCGAAGCUCAAAUCUGGUGAACUCGCAAAGCGAAGCGCGCGGAAGCUCGAAGCGACAGAAGCCCACGAGGAAGCCAAGGAAACCGGUACCGCCGAGGAUGUUGAGAAGUUCUCGAGACGUACAGUGCGGGUAACAAGGGAACAUAACGCGGAAUGCAAGAAGCUCUUGAAAUUCAUGGGUAUCCCGUACAUCGACGCUCCAACAGAGGCAGAGGCGCAGUGUGCUGUGCUUGCCCGUGCAGGGAAGGUCUACGCUGCUGCGUCGGAGGAUAUGGAUACGCUAUGCUUCGAUUCGCCCAUUUUACUUAGACACCUUACCUUCAGUGAGCAGAGAAAAGAGCCAAUUCAAGAGAUUCACUUGGAUAAGGCACUAGAGGGUAUGGGCAUGGAUCGAAAUCAGUUUAUCGACCUUUGCAUCCUUCUCGGGUGUGAUUACUUAGAGCCCAUCCCCAAAGUCGGACCCAACACUGCGCUAAAAUUGAUUCGGGAGUACGGGACACUGGAAAAGGUGGUCGAAUCUAUUGAAAAGGACCCCAAGCACAAACUAGUUAUGCCAGAGUCCUGGCCUUACCAGGACGCCCGAGAGCUUUUUAUCAAGCCGGAUGUCAGAGACGCCAACGAUCCCGAGUGCGACUUCAAAUGGGAAGCACCAGACAUCGAAGGCCUCGUCGACUUCCUCGUGAAGGACAAAGGAUUCAACGAGGACCGCGUCCGCAACGGUGCCGCCCGACUUCAGAAGAACCUGAAAACCGCGCAGCAGUCGCGCCUCGAAGGUUUUUUCAAGCCAGUUGCCAAAACAGACGCAGAAAAGGCGAAUAUGAAGCGCAAGCACGACGAGAAGAUCCAGGAGCAGAAGAAGCGCAAGAAGGAAGAGGCGAAGGCCAAGAAAGAGGCGAAGGCGCGGCCUCGGGGUGCCGCGUAGCGUCCUUGGUCCUUCAUGUUUGACGAGGGCGCAAAAGAACGGUGGCAUUGCGUGGGACAGGCGUUUACCGGAGUAUAAUCAAAGCUACUUUUUUUUCAUCUUGCUGUCAGUUUUUUCAUCCAGCAUAUGUGUUGUCCAGCGCGCAAGGAUCCCGGUGUAUAUCCUGCGUAAAAAUGGUAUGGAGGGCCAUACUGGGCCGCAUAAUCCUGACCGCGCUUCCUUCCGGUCUUGUCGCCAAGGCAUGUCUCACGUAGUAUACAAGCUGCUGGGAAUCGGGUCGCUUAUGGCAGUCAACUGAUGUGCAACAAGAUUCCGCGGGAAGACAUCACGACCGCGGCAGAUGGUCGCCUUGAGCGACGAAUGUGAUUGAACCCAGCUCAAACCUCGACCGCAAUGUCCUUCGUGAAUAAACUCUGUGAACCAGAUAUCAGGCGUCUAGACUCAAGUUAUCCCUCUUGAAAUGCCGCGGUUCAUGUCGUCUUGAUGUGUUUUGUUCUCCUGAAACGGCACACCGCACGCGUCGCAUCAUGCUCGGGUCUGGUUCAAGAACCAACUUCUCAGAGAGCAGAUACAUGGCUUAGUGUUUGUUAGAAGAGACAUAUGGUGCGGUGCCUAAUCUCUGAUAUGGAGGAUUUACUUUAAUCCAAGCACGCGUCCUACACUCCUACAAUCGCGUGCGUGAAUUCGAUGGUCUAAGAGGUGUGGUGACGAUAUAUAUACUACUAGCAGUGCGGGGUCAGCAUUCUCAUAUCAGCCAAGCCAAGUAUCACAAAGUAACGAAGACAACAAAAAAGGCGCUGGUAUCGCCAGUGAGGGAUUACAGAGCUAUCUGAAGCUCAACUUUCAAGUGCAGACGCCAAAUCUGCCCCAGGCGCAAAAUGGGCACCGACGAGGAUCCUCAAGCCAAGCAUUCCCAAGCUGGG